UAAUCGAGUGUCCAGACCUCCCAGCGCUUUCUGUGAGCAAGUUAAUACAUAAUCGACCCCCCAAAAAAAAGAAAAACGGAGUUAAAAGAGGAAAGCAUUACGUCAUCUCUCUCUCAGAAGCAUCGCCGGCCGGUCAGGAACACACACGAACGCACUGCCAUGAUUUCCACAAGCCUAAGACCCGCCCUUGACAACCGGAAACUCCAUCAGCUAUCUCUCUUCUACCUCCUUAUCUUCCUCCUCCAAGGUGCAAAGGAGUCCUCAGGGAUACUCGUAGGAGACCGGAACAUCCCUGACAUGUGGGAGCACCGUUAUCAUGAGGAUAUCGAAGGGGAGUUCCUCGUGAGAGAGUUUAUCUUACAGGAGGUGCAUCCCAGGACUGCGUUGCUUUGUCCAAAGGACUUCGCUAUUGCUAAGAUUGCUAUGUUGAUACAAACAGGACCCGACAUCAUUGAGAAAUUUCCCGACCACAAGCUCGACAUACCCUAUGCCCACUGGCUCAUCAAACCGGACGACGACGUGCCCACAGACGAGGAGAGGGGCACUACUAAAUGUCCAACGCUACAAAAGUGUCUCGGGUAUCAGGCCUGUCUCUUCAACUUUGGUAUCGAGUUUUGCCAUAUGGACCCCGUACCUGGGCAGAGAAAGAACUUGGGAGUCAACUUGACCUGCGUUCGAGACGAGGAGCUUGUAAAGUCGAUGCUGAGUGUGAACUACGAGGCAGAAUUUGUCCAUGAGGUAUUCCGGAGAACGAAAUUGGUGCUCCACUUGACCUACAACUCGCGCCUGGAAGAAGUCCUGCCGGAAUUGACCUCCACGGAAGUCAGGGAGCGAGAGGAGUCAGAAUCCGAGGUCUUCCACGCCACCUGCCCUGACCUCGAACGGGCAGUAGACGCGGGGUACAGAGGUCACUGCCAUAAGGAACCUCCAGCGCCCAAGGAGGUCAGCGAAGGACUGUGGGCGCUCUUGGGGAGAGUACCGUCCAGAACGUGUCGUGAAGAACUGCAGCAGAUCUACUGUUCCUUCUUGUACCAGAACAAAGGGCUCUGUUUCCCUCCUUUUGUUCUCGAACCGGGACACAUGCAGCUUCUGAGACUCAUCUACCGACCUCAGCAUCAUUACGUCAUCCAUGUGGACAAGCGACGCGAGGAUACACGUUCUACGCUGAUUAUGCUGAUCGCUAAACUCAUGCCUGGAGCUAAGAACAUUCGGGUCCUCCCGGUGAGCCGCUCCUUCGUGGCCUCCUGGGGCUCCUACAAUAUCGUCCGGGCGGAGCUGGAGGCCUUCGAGGAGCUCCUGAGGAUGGGGAUUUGGGACUUCGCCGUCAAGCUGAGCGGAGCCGACCUCCCCCUUCGCGAUGUGGACGACUUGAGUGCCACGCUGGCGCCCUACAGGGGGGAGAACUACGUGCCGCUCUUCGGGCAUCGCAACAGGGACAUGAAGGCCGACCAAGGGCUCGUGUGGGAUGUCUGGCAUGGAUGUGAAGGCUAUGUGUACAACGUAACGAAAGCAGGGGGCCAACCACACCCUGAGGAAAUACCAAUCUACACAGGCUCCCAGUGGUCAAUUAUGGGUCGAGAUCUGACAGACUACGCCGUGACCCAUGAACGCCGUUCCGAUCAGCUGAACCGAUGGCACUACCACCUGCAGAUGUCGAUCAUACCUGACGAAGCUUACUUUCCGACAGUCACCAUGAAUUCGCCUUAUGCCAACAAAUCCCGUCCCCUUGGAUUCCACUGGCUUAAGAAAUUUGAAGGAAGGAAUACAAUUAAUCUCUGCCGUCACAUGGAAGAUGCGGAUUUUUGCGGCCAGGGUCCAGGGCCUGUCGUGGAAGACGACUUGAGGGAAAUGAUGGAAUCUUCUCACAGAUAUUUCUUUGCUAGGAAAUUCCACACUGAUAACCCUGGACACAGCACGAGGAUUAGGGUAACAGAGCACGUGCGAACCAACUACUACCUGAACCUCCGCCGCCAGAUUCCUCGCGGCCUCCUGAAGCAGCUGGCCGACCUCGCCUUCGUUAGGCUCGAGGAGGACCUGCGCGCACACCCCGUCCUCGGCGCCAUGACGAUCUCGCCCGGGGAUGUGACAGCCUUCAAGGUCCUGCCGCGUCUUCAUCUCACAAAUCCUUGCUGUUCCCUUCCUUUCGAGAGGUCCUUUAAGAGCACACAGGAAUUCGUCUUCUGGGUCGACUUCAACAUUUCCAUGACGUCAUCUCCCCGCCCACAGAGCGACGAGACGGGGUCCAGCGUGGCGGGCGCGAGGGCGUUGGUGGCGCAGCGGCCGGUUUGUGACUGUUACCCCGACGGUCACUUGAGGGCACUGAGGAUUACCACUUGGCCUGAGGAUCCCACUUCGCCCCGACGCAUCCUCUAUGGCGGUCGCAGAUCUGCUCUUACCACCAACGUGCCCCUCCCGUUCGUGAUGCCCGGCGCCGAUACCGUCUACGUAGAGCUGUGGUUCCAUGUGGGUCCGCGGAGCCUAAGCGAGGAGUGCAAGAGGAAAAUCAGGCCUACGGGCAGGCCUAUGGAGUUCGGCAACAUGAACGUGCAGGAGACAAAGGCUGACCCCCUGGAUAUCGUGGUGCAGGUCAUUGACCCGAACGGCAAUGUCAGAUGCGAGGAACGGAAAACAGACUACUGGGACCUCCAACACGUCCAUCCCAACAGGGACUUUGAGAGGGUCGAGAUGCCGUCCUUUUUCACUGUGCUGUGCGGUACGAUGGAACCUGGCAAGUGGACGCUUAGGGUCUUCCAGGACGGAGUACAGGACGCCCGUCAUUAUGAACUGCCUCUCGUGGUUUUACCUUCAUCUGCUGACCUUCCCUCUGACCCCGACCUUCUCCAGCGUAUUGACCUUCUACAGGGUCUCUGGACUAUCGAGAAGGUUACUCUCCUGCCUUUGAGUGAUUAUUAUGGAGAUUCUCCCAGACUUCCACUACGUGACUCGAAACGCCCAUCCUUAUCACCACGAGAAGAAGACAAAUCAAAGAAGCUCCAACGAGAGCACACAUGAAGGAUGUUCAACACCCCCCAAGGAGUAGGAGGUCAGCUGAGGACGAACUUCACUUCGGGUUUCAUCAUGACGACCCCGUGUUCAGCGUGCGCGAGUGGGUGCUCUGUAGCGGGGGUCUGCUCACCACCUCCCUGACGCUGGUCUUCACUUACCACUGGCUCAUCCUGCCGGCGUUGUACGGAGUUCGCCCCUCCCCCAGGAUGCGUCGCUCCGCCCUCCUGGUCCUUAUGUCCAUCCUGAUGCAGAUCGUCGUGUGUGCCUUCUACUGUAGAUGAUCCUGGCCUUCGAGGGGUAGGGGUAGGAAGGGUAAGGAGUGGGGUGGUUUGUGUGUUGGUUGGAUGGUGUCUUAAUACGCGGGUGCUUGAUAGGUAGAGGAAACGUUUUCGCUCUCUGCUGACACGCUCACCGUCUUGGAAUUGCAUAGGGACCCACGCAGAAGAUAUAUACACAGAUAUUCACGCACAAACAGACAAACACAACAGAGGUCAUUGUAGUUAACACGGUCGUUACAGCCAAUGAGAAGGACUUAGUUUUUUGUUUUGUUUUUUGUCCUCUGGGUCUGUGUGCCCGUGAAAUGAAGCGUCGAAGAAACUAUCUCCUCCUCGUAGACACUUUUUUUUCGUUGUCAAUAGUUUCGAAGGUUAAGAUGAGAUAAAGAUGGGGUUAGAUUUUCACUCUGGAAUUUCUCUUUUGUAUUUUGUACUUGAUGUGUUGAAGUCAACGAUAAAAUAGGAAUUGUAUGUUGAGGUUUAUGAUAAAGUAAAGGGUUCUAUUUUCUGUUGAUUUGUUAUGAAUUUUUGAAAUAAACUUGUUGCAAAUGUA